AUGUAUAUAAUAAUUGCAAUAGGAAUAAUACUCUUAUUAUGUUUUAUCAUUCAACUAACAAAGCUUAAUCCUGGCAAAAAGUUCUUUUUAAUAGAUAUAUUUUUGGUAGUAUUAGUAGGAAUGAUAAUUUAUGAUGAGUCAAUCUACAAAUUUAAUGAUUUUGCAGAGUAAUUGUAGAUUGCAUUUUAAAAACAAUAUCCAAUUGAAUAUAAAUUAGAUGAAUUGAUAUAGAAAAACAAUUUAUAAAAUCAUUCAUAUCAUUUAUAUUAUGGAAUGCAUUCAGAGGGAAUUUCAACUUUCUUUAAAUUUAUGAUCAAUAAAUCAUUAAAAGAAAAGAAAUAAGCCAUAUAUAUAGAUAUUCAAUCUGAAGUGUAAACAUAAGAAUAGGCCUUAUAAUUAUUUAAAGCACCUAAUUUGAAUGAAUUAAUUUUAUUCACAAAAUUAAAACCAACAUUAAUUGCCAUUGAUAAUUUAGAUUUAUCAUUAACUAAAAAAUAUUGUUAUAUUUGUUAAAUAUUAAGUAAUUUGCAUUAAUCUAAUUAAACUACAAUUAUUGCAAGUGCUAAAAAUUUAAAGAAACUUAAUUUAAUGUUAGAUGAUUAUAAUAUAAAUGUAAUGGAAAUUAAGUAAUAUUAACAUGGAAAAUAAAAUAAUUUCAGAUAUGAUUGGUAUGAAUAAUCAUUAUAAAGUAAUAAAAGAUAUGAAGGUAUAAUAAUAAUUAUUAUAUUAUUUACAGAUUUUGUUAUAUAAAAAUAAAGAGAAUUUAUUUCAGAACUUAAUGAAAAUGAAUUACAAUUAAUGAAAGUUAUUCGAAAUUAGAUGUGUAAAAUUAAAUGUGAGAAUUAAGAAAUUAGAUUAGAUGAUGUGUAAAUAUGAGUAUAAAUUUAUAGAACUUAUCAAUUUGGAGAUUUAAAGAAUUUGAUUGAUAAAAAUAUUUUAAUAGCAACUUUUGGAUAGUUGAAAUUUUAUAAUAGCUUUAUAUUUGAUUCAUUAUAAAAUUUAUGA